AUGCAUCUAGCUUUAGGAAAUAAAAUUGCCGGAUAUGUUAAAAUUUCUGCAGGACAUCAGAUACGUGUGCGGGAAAAACGAAUGCCAUCUUAUGAACGGACGAUGAAUCACUAUCCGAAUUUGUUGAUCAGUUCCGAACCGCUCAACGAACAUAUGAAAGAAGUGAUUACGGAAGAACAUAACAGGCUCAGAAGAAUCGUGCCGGCGACCGAUAUGCGCUUGAUGUAUUGGUCAGACGAACUGGCAGCAAGUGCGCAACGACAUGCGAACAGAUGCGAUUUUCGACACAGCCACGAUCGGCUGAAUGUUGGCGAAAAUAUUUGGGCAGCGCCCUACUCGAACUACACUGAAGCGGUAACUCGAUGGUUCAACGAAGUGUACGAUUCGAGAUGCGACUGCAAACAUGCUUACAAACACUGCUGUGGUCAUUAUGUCCAGGUAAUCUUUCUGAAAGCU